AUGUCCAAGCUUAACCCAAACGCGGGUGAAUGGGUCCCUACUUUCGCAGCACCAAUGACAGUCGUUUCGCCAAUCAAAUCAUCGCCAUCUCCCGUCAACGAAAAUAAAGCACUUUAUAAUACCGACACGACCGCAAAUAGAACGAAACUGGAAACCGAGUCAAUCAUUUCAGCCAAUAAGACGUCAGUAGAACGGACGAUUGAAAGUGGUCGCGAUCUGCCAUUGGAUGAAAAUGGCGAGUCAAUUUCUUAUGAAGGGUAUGCACCAUUACAAGACCGGUUUAUUUACUCGAGAGAGUAUUUGUUAGCGUUUCAACCAUUAGGAGAUCACGUCAUAAAAGAUAUUCCCGAAGUUGUACGAAACCUGACGCCGCUGAAAAAAGUUGGGGGCAAAGUGAAGGGUAGAAUUGUGUAUACAAUGGCAGAGCUUUUGCAGUUCCAACCACUAUAUCAGAUGAUGCCGAGCGACUUUACAUGGGCGGAUACGAUUGGUGCAGAUGCUGUAAUGGGCGAGAACAAAGGCAAGAAAGGCAAGAAGUGCAAGGACCGUCAGCAGCGUGGGAGCGUCAUGUCGUAUGACGCGUCCCUAGUGUGUUACUUUAAUCCGAACGAAUAUUCUGCGGCCGUGAAUAAUGGACUUUACACGGGUCCACCUGCUGACACAAUUACAAACGGUUUCGAUGGCCAGAGUAAGGUUCCCGCCGUCAAACGGGUUAACCCGGUCGAGGAAGCCAUUAUUGCGAGGCGCCGCGUUGCCACAUUGCUGGACGAUGUCAGACCAGAUACUAUUAGUUCUAUCCUGGAGUCUUUCAUGAACAUCACGAUCAGCUGCACACAUACACUUCAAGAAAUUAUUGGCCAGGUAUUCGACCACGCAAUAGCAAACCCCGAACUGAGCGAUUCUUGUGCCGAAUUGUGUACGGAAAUGUCGAAGCGGACACCAGAAUUCAAAGACGGUGCAAAGACCAUUAACUUUCGGCGGAUUCUCCUCACCAAGUGCUAUGAAUCUCUUAUUGAAGAACCUGACAGUCAACCAUUGCACCUGAUGAGUAAGAAAAGUGGAACUAACAGAGCCACGCAGCACUCAUGGCGACGGAAGUGUAUGCUGCAAAAUGUGGGCUUUAUCGGUGACCUUUUCCGGCGGCAACUGCUCACCGAGAACAUCAUGCACGUCUGCGUUGCAAUGAUGCUUGACGACGAGAUGAAUCCUCAAUCUGAGAUAAUCGAGGCGGCCUGUGGACUCUUAAACUUGGUUGGUGAUUUGCUUGACGGAUCGAGUCCAGCCUCACGUCGAACCAUGGACGAAUAUUUUGCAGUCCUAGUGCGAAUUCAAGAGAACUGCCAGCUCCCAAACCACGUUAAGAAGCUAAUUACAGAGCUCAAAACUUCGCGAAUAAGUGGGUGGUUAAAGAGUCGUCAGGAUGAUUCUUCUGCUUCAAAUACGUCCAAGUCUCCAGCAACGCUGAUCGGUUGUGACGACAAUGGGACCGGCAAAGGCAGUAUCCGUUAA